UGUUGUUGUAAUAGUGGUAGUAGUAGUAGUAGUUGUUGUUGUUGUUGUUGUAAUAGUAAUAGUAAUAGUAGUAGUAGUUGUUGUUGUUGUUGUAAUAGUGGUAGUAGUAGUAAUAUCAGUAAUAUUAGUUUUAAAAUCAGUUUUUGUAAUUUUUUUAAAGGAAGUACAAAGAAAGAAAAGUGUUUUCUUUGUCAGAACUUUCUGUCCCUUGAGGACAUUUAGUCUCCAUAUAAAAUCACGCUUUAGUGACCUUUAUGGCACCUGGAGCUGGAAAACUCACCAGGAUAUAAAUACAUCUUCCUUUUCUUUCUUUCUUUCUUUCUUUCUUUCUUUUUCAGGCAUGAAAAUGAAAACGAAAACGUAUCUAUUACAAAAAUUCUCUCUGGACUCACAGCAGCCCUUCACUUCUCCCGUUCCCCCUUACCCUUCUGAAUAUUCACAUUUCACUCAUUAAUCCUUUGUCUGAAAACAUUUCCAAAUCUGAAGAAGAUGAAGAAGUGAAGUGUGAAUGAUACAAUCCUGUGCUCUGGAGUGGAUUAUUUCAGUCUGGAUGGAGGAGUGCUUUCUUUUCUUUUCUUUUCUUUUCUUUUUUUCUACACUUGUUUCACUUGUGAUGUCUGAACAUUUCUACAGUCCGGAAAUAAAGUCUACAGGAACUAAAAGUAGGAAGCGAUGAGAGUCGUGCACUUAUAGACCACAGAAAGCAGGGCACCAUUUGGGACUAGACCCAUGUCCCAUUAAGCAGUGAAACCAUGGAAACGAGCUUGGACAUCAUGAAGUCCUCAGACCUCAUCAAGAAGGAGCGUCUGGAUUACGGCGGGUUCGGGGAGGUGUUUCUGUGCUACCACAAAACGCUGGGACAUGUGGUGCAGAAGACGGUCUACACAGGACCACCUCGUAACGAGCAGACGUCGUCUCUGCUGGAGGAAGGCAGUCUGAUGAACAGGUUGAAACACGAGCGCGUGGUUAAGUUGCUGGGGGUUAUACUGGAGGACAGAGACUACUCGCUGGUCAUGGAGCUCAUUCCUAAUGGCAACCUGCUGUCCAUGCUGCAGAAAGUGAAAGUUCCAGUAUCCAUUAAAGGAAGGAUAGUUCUGGAGAUCCUGGAAGGAAUGGUUUAUCUAACAGACAACCACGUCAUUCACAAGGACCUGAAACCGGAAAACAUCCUGGUCGAUGAACAUUUCCAUAUAAAGAUCGCAGACCUCGGACUGGCCACGUGUCAGACGUGGAGUCGGCUGACGAGGGAGGAGUCGCGCAGACAGAGUCGUGCAGGCAAGAAGUCGAGCGUGGCGGCGGCCGGGACACUGUGCUACAUGGCUCCUGAGCACCUGGAAAGCAUCAACACUCGCUCCACUGAAAAAUCGGACGUUUACAGCUUCGCCAUUGUAGUGUGGGUCAUUCUGACCAACCAGGAGCCUUAUGAGAAUGCUAUUAGUCAAGACCAGAUCUGCCAGUGUGUGCGAAAGGGAGACCGUCCAGAUGAGACCCUUAUUCCAGGCGAUUCACCAAAAGAGAUUAUCACACUUAUGAAAAAAUGCUGGGAGCAUGACCCUCAGAAACGACCCCGGUUUAAAGAGAGCUAUGACUCAUUUUCGGCUUUCUAUAAGAACAACCUGGAACGAGACGUUGAGCAGGAUCUACGUGACCUUAAGGAUGUGUAUGAAGGUCCAUCGGAGCUGCUGGAGAAGUUAAAAACACUCACAACAGAGUCUACUGCUGCAGGCCUGGCGGCUCCGUCCUUUCUGCAGCGCUCCGGUGACUCGCCCACCCCUCUGAGGAGUUCAGACCUGGGCCCGGUGGAAGCCAGCUUGGAGGACCUCAGUUUAAUGACCUCAGGUGCCUUUCAAGUGGACGCCAUCCCUGAUCCUACUCCCACCCCUCUUAACCUGGAGCAGAAACUGAACCAAGAGUUAGACUACCACAAACACGGUAGCUACACCAGCGGGCAACAGCCCAACCUCUCUUCGUACCUUUUCCCUGUUCCGGUCGUGCAGACUACGUCUAGUUCCAACUGGGCUGGAGAUCUUCCUCAGCAGGUGUCCUCAGUGCAGUCUUGGUCCAAACCUAACCCUUAUCUGAGUCCUCAGGAUAUUCCGGUCCGGCCGGAUUACGACAGGGAGAUCUCGGCUCCGUAUUCGCAGUGUGGACCGCACCAGCCGUCCAAACCUUUCGAGCGCAUGCAGUCAUGGCCUUCUGACCUCUCUGCAGUGGGGAUCGCCCCGCAGACUGAAACAGGUGGAUCUCUGUACAUCAGUCAAGCCAGUGGGAUUCAGAUCGGGAACAACAACACCAUGCAUUACCGCAGUGUCGACAGCUGUUCUCUCGGCUCUCAGUCCAGCACGGCGUUAUCCAACACAAAGUAUAAAGAGCUACUGUUGCAGUAUGUGGACCACAGUGUAACUGAUGAACAUCUGGAGCUGGUGCAAAAGAACGUAGGCGGGACGUGGAAAACCUGUGCCAGGAAGCUGGGCCUCAGCGACGUGGAGAUUGACCACAUCGAACACGACUACAUGCGUGACGGCCUCGCCGAGAAGGUCCACCAGAUGCUGGAGCGCUGGAAGAUGAAGGAAGGUCUUCAAGGGUGUACGGUGGGAAAACUCUGUAGUGCCCUGGAGGGGUCCAUUAAAGCAGAUGUGCUCAUCGAACUACUGCAUAAGUCUCAAGACUACACCGUUUUUUCGAAUGCCAGCACUCAGAGCCUGAUUUAAGUUAAAGUUCUAGUCCAGGGGAAACUUUUAUAUAGUAAUAAUAGCAGUGGAUGUUGUUAUUAUUAUUAUUCUUCUUUUUGAUACAUCGUCAUUUUAGU